CAAAACAAAAAAAAAUGUUUUAUUUGCAAUCAAGAGUUGUUGAAGUUUUGUUUAAAAAGCGGAUGCGUUACAUUUUGUUGAUAUUAUUAAGUUUUGUUUGUGUUUUUUAUUAAACUAAUUGGUUGUGGUUAAUAUGUGUUUGAGAAAAAUUAAGCGCACUCGUUGGUUCGUUAAGUAAAUAAGUGAAAGUGUGUUGUUAUUGUUCUUUUUUUAUUGUGAUUUUUUAUGCCUAACUCUUUUUGCUCGCUGUACUAUGAAUUGUCUUUUCAAUUAAUUAAGGCUACAAUCACUAAACAAGUUUAAUAAAAUGUGACUAAGACCUUAAAAAAAUGUUAACAAGAGCGUUUGUUUUCUUGUUUUUGAAAUGAAACAAAAGACUUCAGCAACGAACCAGUUGUACGAAAUAGACGGCCAAACGAACUGAACUCGCAUUAGUACUCCUACAAACCAAAGAUUAUAUUUGCUUUCUAAACUAGAUAUGCUUACAAUGCAUACGGAAAUUCUUAAUAAAACCUUGACUUUUACCCUAUUCGUGGUAUUGGCGAUGUGCGGAUAUGUAAUUGGUUCCGAUUAUGUUUACGGUCAGCCCAAAUAUAAGUGUCCAAUUAGAUCUAAGGUGAUUUAUCCGUGCCGCUGUAUCAAAGGCAGUGACGUUGGCGUUUACGUUGUCUGUGAUAAUACCAAUUUGGCCACUUUAUCGGUGGCUUUGCAAAACUUAGCCGCUUUAGAAUUGCCAAUAGAGCAUUUAACUAUUAAUAAAGGCUAUUUCGAGCGUUUCUAUGGUCCUUUGUUUGCAAAGGUUCGAGCGCGUUUAUUGACUGUUAUUGACUCUCCUUUAGUUGCUAUAGAAGAUUUCGUGUUUUAUGGUUUGAACAAAAGUUUAGAACAAUUAACUCUGUUAAAUACCAAUCUAGCUCAAAUUAGUCCGUAUUCAUUUGGUAUUUUGGGCAAACUGACACAUUUAAUCAUUGAUGGCCAUAACUUCACAACUCUACAUAAGAACUUAUUUGUAGACCAAGAGAUUUCUAAUAAGGUUGAGGUUUUGCGCGUUAUUAAUGGCCCCUUGAACGAUUUUCCAAUUGAAUUAUUUCAGCCUCUAAGAAAAUUGAAAACGUUAGAUUUGCAUGGUAAUCGUUUAGAAAAUUUGAAAAGGAAUCAAUUUAAAAACUUACGUGAGUUAGAAGUGUUGGAUAUAAGCUUUAAUAAAAUCAAGAAAUUAGAAGCCCAGCAUAUAGCCGAUCUUACCAAAUUGGGUUGGUGCAAUGUGUCGCAUAAUUCCCUAAAUGAGCUAGCACGGGGAACUUUUGCCCGUAAUUCGGUACUUAAAGUUGUGAAUUUAUCUCACAAUAAAAUUCAACGUUUGGAUGCCAACAGCUUUAGAGGUAUGCGGUUUCUAAGACGUUUGUAUAUGAGUGAUAAUGUCAUAUCGGAUAUUGGUCGCGGUACAUUUGGGUCUGUGGCUCGUAUUGGCACAAUUGAUUUGGCCCGUAAUGCUUUAAAAAAAGUGGAAUUUCAAAUGUUUACUCAGCUUAAUUAUAUCGAGAUCCUAGAUUUGGCUGAAAAUAAUAUCACCACAAUUGAGAAGAAUUCCUUUAAAGAUAUUUAUCAGGCUUCGAUUAAUAUUUCGCAUAACAAUUUGGAGACCAUACAACCGAAAGCUUUUGAAAACUGCGUUAACAUAACGGUCUUGGACUUGUCUUUCAAUCGUUUAACAAAUUUCUCCAAAAAUGUCUUCGACGAGACUACAUUUGCUACCGUUUUUCAAUUAAGUCACAACUUUCUCACCAACUUGGCGCAUAUUCCCUUACAAAAUAUGACAGGGUUAAGAGUUCUGAACGCUUCUCAUAACAAUAUCACGCAAGUGCCUAAAGGUUCAUUUCCUAAACUUUACGAAUUACAUACCAUCGAUUUGGCUUACAAUAAUAUUAGCAUCAUUUUCAAUGGUGUCUUUCAAACUUUAUUCUCCCUGCGGUUGCUUAAUAUCAGUCAUAACAAUUUGCAGGAAAUCAAAUCUUCCAUGUUUGGAACUUUACCCACUCUACUGCAAAUGGAUUUAAGCCAUAAUAAUUUAACAAACGUUGUUCGUGGCUCCCUAGCUAAACUAAGCAGUUUACGUUGGCUGGAUCUAAGUUACAAUCGUUUAGAAAAAUUAUUCCAAAUACCCAUUUCGCUUAAUGAAAUGUAUAUAACUGAUAAUAAUUUGCAUGCCAUACCAGCCGAGACAUGGCCGGUUAUGAAUUCGUUACUUUUCUUAGAUUUAAGUCGAAAUCAAUUGGAAAAUUCUUUGGAAGAGAACAGUUUUACGGGUUUAUUGGUAUUACAAAAAUUGGUGUUAAGAGAAAAUAAUAUAAGUCAACCGCCUGCCGCGUGUUUGGCAGGUUUAACCACUUUGCAGUACUUAUAUUUGGAGCACAAUAAUAUUACGGUUUUGGAGAAAAAUGCUUUCGGCAAGCUACCGGUUCUUUUUGAACUGAAUUUACACAACAAUGGAGUAAAAGAAAUAAGCAAGCGUGCCUUUGAGGGUUUAUUGCAACUUUUGAAUUUGAAUUUAUCAGCAAAUGCAAUCGAAACUAUACCGAAUGAUGCCUUCAUAGGAUUGCCAUCACUGCGUAAAUUAGAUUUGUCAUAUAAUUUUCUAACAAAAUUAGAUAAUAAAACUCAUGGCGUACUUGAUGAUCUCUUAAGUUUAGAGGAUUUGAAUCUAAGUCAUAAUAAAAUAAGUUUUGUAACAAAGAAAACUUUUCCGGAGAACCAAUACAUCCCAUAUAAUUUACGGUAUUUGGAUUUAAGUUACAAUCAAAUGCCUGUAGUAACGUAUGAUAUAACAUUUGGUACAAAGAAAUUGUAUAAAUUAAAUUUGUCGCAUAAUCAUAUCAAUGACCUAAGAAGAGGAGUUUUAGGAAAUUUUACGAGUUUACAAUAUUUGGAUCUAUCCGACAAUGAAUUGAGUAAUUUAUCUUCCGAAGAGCAUUUAUUUGAUUUACCUAAAAAUUUAACACAAAUCUAUUUGCAAAACAAUCAAAUCUAUCGUCUGCCUUUUGAGAAAUUUUUAAAGGAACCAAGAUUUGAAUUAAUUGAUUUAAGUAAAAACAGUUUCAACGAAUGUCCUCUAAGUUUGGUGUGGAAUAUGAGAAAUUACACUGUUGUACGCUUUCAAGGGAACCCUUUGCAUUGCAAUUGCGCUGUACGACCUUUAAAACAUUAUAUGACCGAGCUAACGGCACUGACCGAGGACUUAAGUGAAAUUAAAUGCGAAAGCCCGAUAUUUAAUAAAGAUCGUUUACUAUUACAAACGGAAGAUGAAAAUUUGCAAUGCUCUCAGGAAGAGAAAGAAAGAUUUAAUGGUACAACCUAUGAAAAAUUGACAGAUGUCAAAUUUCGAGAUAUAACCAACAAGAAUGGUAAAAUUACCAUUCGUUGGUUGGCUCACAAUUCACGCGAUGUGGCUGAAUUUACAGUAUAUGUACGUGAUAUGGUUAACAAUAUUUUAUAUCAACAGGAUUUUCCAUAUUACUUGAGAAAAGCGGAGAUACCUGUCUCUAUGUUUAGGAGUAAAUCAAACGAAGCACAUGAAAUGUGCAUAGUAGCGAAGAAUAGUAAUGGGUUAAGUGGUCUUUGGUAUCAAGGACAAUGUGCAGCACUGCCACGCAUUAAAGAGAAACGUAAAUUUUUCAUUUUCUCUCCAAGUAACUCCGGAGCAUUAUCUAAACUACCAUUAGAUAUGGAUAAGAGUUUUGUUAUUGUGUUUGUUAUGUGGUUUGUGGUACAAAAAAUAAUUUUAUGUUAAGAAAAAAAUAUUAAUUAGCUGAGAUGAUUGAAUAUGAAGAGUUAGAUCAUUGCAUAUAUUCAUUGUUAGAGAGGAAGAGAUCUUUUCUUUAAAAUUCCCCUUUUGUGACUUCACUGAGUGUAUAUGUUUUAAUGAGAUUUUAAGUUAAUUAAAUCACAUCCUUUGUGAGUGUCGUUCUCUUGACGGUGAAAAUGAGAUAAAGAAUUACACUUAGAUACAAAUGGUCCUUUUAUCGCUGACCAUUGUUCGCUGUAGGGUACAAUUACUCUAAAAAUGCGUUUCCUCCAUAUAAUGUUAAAUCUGUAUAAAUCCCUAUAAACCGCGGAUAGUGUUCAAAAUGAAUAUCGUCCUACCUCCUAGCGCCUACUCCCGGAAAUUGUGAAAAUGCCUGAAUGUCUGUUAAUAUACUUAUGUAUCUUUCUCUACAGGUUCUUAGAAUUCUUUACGUCAGCACCUGUUGUGAGCGUUUUUAAGGCGCAAAUAAAUUGGUUGGUGCGGCGCACUAUUACAUACCCUACGCCACCCUACAUUUAUUAAUAUAGCAAACGACUAUUCAAAGUAAGUCGUUAUAUGGGCAGUGGUCUACGAAGUGGCUCAAUCCGAACCACUUUCAAUAGCUUUCAUUCUUGUGCCAAAGCAUUUCCGUGUACCCAGUUUUAUCAAAAUAUCUCAAUAAUUGCGACUUGUAAGUUGAACACAAGAAACCAAGACAGAAAGACGGAAGGACAAGCUUAGACCGUGUCACAAAAUGAUUCCGGAUUAAUAUAAUAUAUAAUAAAAAGUAAGCCCGUCUGAAGUUCUUCUGGGUGUUGCAUACAUCCGAAAGGAUUUUGCAUACCCUUUUGUGUAGUGCCUAACAAUAACUGAUGUGUUAGAUUAUUUUUUGAUCUGUAUUGAAACGUUUCUAACCGGAUGAA